AUGAGAUCAUUACAGCUUAUUUGUUUCACCUACGCUGUAAAAACACCGACAUGAUAUAUCUUGAUCCGGCAGAGGUACUUGCUAUAGAUCGCUUCAAGUCCAUCAGAGGCUUAUUUUCAAAAAUCGACUUAGAUAAUAUCAAGUACGUGCUUAUACCAUACAACGACGGCGGCACACAUUGGAUUUUGACAGUUGUGGAUGUGAAAAGUGGAUCGAUCAUUGUACUCGACCCCAUGACAACCGACUACAAUCCUAAUCUAAAAUCCCAUAGCGAUGCGGUAUCAGUGGCAAUGAAAAUUCUCCAAAAGAAAUUUUGGAAAAACGUAACCAACAUAUCCAUCAAAACAGAAGAACAUGUGAUGCAGAAAGAUGCACGCAGCUGUGGUUUAUACUGCUGCUUUAACGCGUCAAAGAUAAUGUCAGUUUUGUUAAUAAAAUUUUAUGACUUUCGUUAA